CCUUCUCUCCGUCGACCAUGUUAGGCCGCGACGAGGCCCAGAGGCUCCCCAUUGUAAUACCUCAAGAUGCUAUCGAGGAGGCUCCCGACGAUUUCGUAUGGUAUGAAGGACCUCAAGGCGGUGGAUUCAUCGUCCCGCAACAGUUUAGAAAGUAUUCAAAUCGACCCGUGAAUGAAACACCCAUGGGGUAUCUGUAUUACAUUGUCGACAAAUGCAGCGCGUAUACCAAGAAUAUUUACAACGCCUUUUUUGCCGCCAUCGACGUUUAUUUUGAGGGUCUAAUGGAGUAUGCGAGAAACCACUAUGCGGAGUUCAUAGUACCUUUUGGAAAAAAGCAUCGGGGAAAGCGACUCCAGCAGUGCCGCGAUAAUUGAUGCAAUGGACGACAACAGAC